AUGGAAAUUUUACUCGACGGUGACACAGAAGCCGCACUCUGUUACUUGAAAGCGAAAGGAGUAAUGGAUCCAGAAUUCUUUUGUAAGUUCAGUGUUGACGAGGAAAAUAGGCUUGGUAAUUUGUUUUGGAGAGACUCCACUUCACUUUUGGAUUACAUUGCCUAUGGCGACGUCCUCAUAUUCGACAGCACAUACAAAACAAAUGUUUAUGACAAGCCCCUAGUGUUGUUUGUCGGUUCGAACAACUAUCGGUUUACUAUAAUGUUUGGUUGCGCAUUAUUGCAGGACGAGACAUUUGAAACUUACAAGUGGUUAUUGGAAACAUUCAUGGCAUCCAUGAAAGAUAAGAAGCCAAUAUUAAUAUUGACGGAUGGCGAUGAGGCGAUGCGUAAAGCCAUGAUGAUGUGUUUCCCAUGUCUAACCAUCGGUUGUGCUCAUGGCAUGUGUCAAGGAAUGCACAGAAUAAUUUGA